AUGAAUAAUAAAGAGAAAACUGGAAAUUACAGAGUAAUAUGCGCCAAAUAUUCAGAUGGUGAUUCGUCUAAAUGGCCUGUUACUCACUUAAAACAAGCAUUUGAUAAGGACCAUGUAAAAUUUUUUUAUGAAUUGGACAAAAACAGUCUUUUAUUUAACAGUUGGAUGGAAAGACUAGGUCAAGAAGUAACUGAAAUAACAAAAUCAAAAGGAUUUACAAGAAGUAAUCCAAGACCUUCUUUAAUCAGAAUGAUUAGUCCUUUGGCAUAA